AUGAGAACUAGCAGCUGCGCGCACUACUCUAGCGCAAAGUUCUCGGACAAGUACGUCCUCUCUGCUAGCCAGACCGCCUGGGGUUGGCUUCUUGGGCAGAAUCUAGGGCGCAUCACGUUCGAGGUGCGAGAGCCACCGCCCCUCAUCUAUAACUCUAAGCAGCUCUCGGCGACGCACUGCACUGUGUGGAUCACUAUCAAGAGCCACACGUUCUAUCUUCAUCGUCUGCGCGCAGGUUCCAUCAAGGUCGACCCGGAGUCUAGCUGGAUCCAGCCCCACACGGACACGAUCCAGCUCAACGUGCACAGCUUCUCGCCAUUGCAGUGGAGCACAAGAGACGUACGCAGAGGGGGCACAGUGAGCGCCGCUCCUGCCACGACCGCCGAAGAGGAGAGCCCGCCCUGGCAUAUAGCCUUCAAUAUUCCCAUCAAGCCACCACUGAAGCUGCCACCGAGCUCCGCGCAGAAGGACUCAGUGCACAAAGAAGAGGACAGUCGGGGCCUCGCGCUGUCAGCAUUAUUGUCGUCGCCUGAGGACAACGUGUGCUGCACCGCCGUGGACACAGACGUACAGUGUGAGAAUGACCCGGUGCCCCCUCUGUAUGCAGCGUGA